AUGUUACGAUCCGACCAAACCGCGACUCUUAUAAUUAAAGAUGAUUCUGAUUCUAAUAAAAUCAGCAAACAUUCCAGUGUUAAUUUAGAAUUGAUCAAAGAUGGAUCUAAAGUAGAAAUUCUAAUUAGAAACCCGAUUGAUGCUGAAAUUAUACGCCAGUAUCCUUUAUGUAGCUGUUCGUAUUUACCAGAUUCAUCGAGUGAACAUGCUAUUUCUUUUCAUGUUAGUUCUAAACAAGAAACAGUUAUCAUUAUUGCUAAAGAUGAACGAUGUGUAAAUUUAUUUGCUUCUAUUCAAAAAUAUUUCAAUGAUUCAUCAUACAUUUCAAAAGAAGAAAAUGUAUCUAAAAUUCAGAAUGAUCUUCGAGAAAAAGUUGAACAAUUUAUCGUAGCAUUCAAUAAUGGCGAUGUCGAUACAGCUACUCGAUACGCUCAAGUUCUUGCUAAUUCUAGCAAAAAUUCAUCUAUUCAUUUUUAUCUGAAUAAAAUUGGUGAACAAGAAAAAUCAAUCACUCACAAAUUAUUAAAACUACAAAUAACGAUUGAAAGUGUAUUGGGUAAAUCUGAUAACAAUCCCUAUGAAGUAAUUAUUCGUUCACAUACAUCUUUACGUGAACUUAAACAAAAAAUAUACGAUCAAACAGGAAUUCCGAUUAACAACCAACAAUGGUUUCUUAAUCGACAAAUUCUUUCCGAUACUUACGAAUUUAUUGAUAUACCCCAAUCGAAAACUAAUAAUACAGGACUUUUUCUUUAUAUUUGUAAAUUAUAA